AUGAAAAACCAACCUGAUCUUAAUGCUAUUCUAGCUGCAUUAAACCAGAUUCAACUAAACUACCAAACACUUCAUCAAAAGAAUACUGAACUUAGAAACAUACUGAACCAAUGUCAAGAAGAGGAAACCUCUUAUUAUAGGAACCCAGCUGCUAUUCAAAUGACUUGGCUUAAGUGGGACUUUUUGAAAGUUUACUUACAGUCACCUUUACUUGAAGACUUUGUUGAGCUAAUUAACAAGUUUGAAACAUCUUUGGUGAUUCGGACAAAUCAAGAACUGCAGCUAACAAAAUUCGAAAACUUACUUAGGGCAGCUUUGAUUGAUCAAUUUAGGAAUGGCCUUCAAGGUGAUGUAAAAGACCUACUCCUUACUGUUGAAGACCCCAUUUCAUUAAAUGAUGCCAUUUCAAAAACACCCCAAAUGGUAACUAACUCAACAACUGCUACUGAAGAACUAAUGCAGAUAGACAUUGCAAGAUUUAAACUAUUGACUGAAGAAGAGAAGAAUCGACAUUGUACAAAUAAUCUUUGCCUAUACUGUGGUGAACUGGGUCACAUAGUUAGGAACUGUUAUAAAAAACACAACUUACCACUAAGGAUCGAUGCUGUAGUCACUGCUGAGGAAUUGUCAGGAAAAGAAGGUGCCCAGCUAAAUACAUUAUCUGUCAAGCCCACAUUUGCACUUACUGUGAAAUUACACUUACACCUACCUAAUAGAACCCAAGUAGAUAUAGAAGCAUUAAUUGAUUUAGCUUGUGGCUCCUAUUCAACAGAGCUGUUAGACCCUUCUCCAACCUUACCCCAAAAGUAUAGAGAAUUUAGUGACAUGUUUGAUAAAAAAGAGGCUGAUAAGUUACCUAAAAACCAGACGUAUAACUGUUCUAUUGAAUUGUUACCUAGAACACAACCUCCUUGGGGCCCUAUCUAUGAGCUAUCGAAGCAAGAACUAGAAACAUUAAGAGGAUAUAUUGAGACAACUUAG